UAUUUGAUGACCUAGGUUUGUCUGGGAAUAUCUCACCCAGAGUGCUCUCAAGCUCUCUCGUCAACGGGCUUCAGCAUGCCACACUCGGAUACGCCCUUUGUUCGCUCGCGCGGGCUUUAUUCACUUGCGGUUCAGAUUUUUGGAGCUCUCUCUCUCUGAUUCUAUUAUUUUCACGGGGUCAGUGCAUGGAGGGAUUACCAAGUGCAUUCGAAAGAAUUGAUGCAAUGAUAUUUAUCCUUCAACAAUUGCAACAUGGGAUAUUUGCACAUAUUAAUGGAUCUUUGUAAUGUUGUUUUAGUGGAGAUUGCUCCAAAAGCUUUUGAGAUAGCUUCAUAAAACCUUGGUUCAAAAACUGGGAAAAGAAUACAUCAACCUUCAGAGUAACUCUUAUUGAAGUUGUUGGUGCUCAAAGUACAUCAAUGAUGUGAUGGAGAUAAAAAGCUUGGAACAAAAUACAUACUAAAGUCUAGCAGACUUUUAUCCUUUGAGAGUGAUUAUUUCUUGAUUAAAAGCAAGAUUUGUGCCUUUAUGUGCAUUAAAUCAAGAGAACAGAGUAUAUAUGAGAAUUUUGACAUUUAAUAAUAUCUGUGUAGAACAUGCUACAGCUUUUCGGAGAUGAAAGUUUUCCAUGAUUGGGAGUCAAGCUUCUUUCUACAAGGAGAAAUAUAUUUGAGCUUGUCAAAGUAAUGCAUUGUUGAGUGUGCUGAAUGCUGAAUGAUAGUAUCUUCGUUGCUGUUUUGUGGAAGUAAUUUGGCAUGAGAAAUGAGUCUCUCUAAUGCUAUUUAAACUUGAAAGACUAAUUAUACCUUACUCAACUAAAAGAAGGUGGUAAGGCUUUUUGCUCGAGAGAAAUGAGUGGCAGUGGCAGAAAACGUAGUUCUAAGUGGGAUUUGAGAGAAGAGCGUCACUUUGAACCCAAAAAUGUAGCAGAUGAUUGUUGGCCUGGAAAAACAGGUAUCUCUUUUCAUGAUAAAGAAUUAGAACCGGGAUGGGUCUCUCCAGAGGUUGCUGGUAGUAAUAAUUCAAAGUUAUAUGAUCUGGAGGCGAAUGAUUUGCUAAAGUCGAAGCAUGAUUUGGGAUUGGCAUCUGGAGAAUCUUUGCCGAGAAGCAGGGGUUCACUCAAGGAUAAUAGCUUCAAUAAAGGCCGCAACAGAAAUUGGGAACCCUCGGUGGCAUGGGAUGGAGAUGGAAGUUACAGCACGAGAAUGUCUCCUGGCCUUGAUGAAUGGAGACAGCAAAGUCGUAGUCACUCCCCUAAAAAUGGUUGGACCAGGUCACUCAGGGGUCGGAGUAGAAGUAGCAGGAGCCAGAGCAGGAGUAGAAGCCCUAUUCGAGGCAUUAGGCGGGAAUCAGGAUUCUAUGAGAGAAGUAGAAGCAGAGGAGCAUCAACUCAAUUAUGUAAAGAUUUUACUGCUGGGAGAUGCAGGAGAGGCAAUCAUUGUCAGUUUGUUCACCAGGGUAAUCAACAUUAUGAGGAUAGCAGGGAAAGUAGACACAGUAAAGAUGGAGACUCAAAAUAUUCCUCUCCCCAUGAUACUAGGGACUAUACAUCAAGGAUAGGAAGAUCUACUGCAUAUUGUACCGAGUUUAUGAGAGGAAAGUGUUGGAGGGGGGCAUCUUGCAGGUAUGCCCAUGAUGGUUCUUCUGAUGGUUUCAGUAAAGGGUCUGGAAAUGAUGUCAUUAGAGAAAGGGAAAAUCAUAGGAAUAAAGAUAUGUCUUUUGAUCGAGGUGGUGAGCCUGAACACCGCAGGGGUCGUGAUGUUCCUUGUAAAUUCUUCGCUGUGGGAAAUUGUCGUAAUGGGAAAUAUUGCCGGUUUUCUCAUCAUGGUCAGGCAGGUGUAAGUCCUGAUGGAAGGUCACGAGACGAUAGGUUGGAGCUGGGUCGCAAUUCAGAUGAUGUGGAUCGGUCAUGGGAUGGACCAAAAUGGAGUGAAUUGACUGGUCCAGUUAGUGUCUCAGAUGCUACAAAAAGUGAGGACAAUAUUGGAUUAUCGGGUACCUCAGAACCAAGGUUCACUGCUUGGUCCAUGGAUGAUACUAGAUGGGGCCAUAGUUUGGACAACGAGAAGAAAACUGGUGGUGAUCCCACAGUUGGUCAUAAAGCAGUUGUGAGCAAUGAGAAGGCCGGCAACCCGUGGAUGGAAGAAAAUGCUAGUGCUAGCAUGGGUGUUUCUGAUUCAAGAGGUGCCGAGAAAUGGCUUGGUGAUAUGGACAUGUCGCCCGAUUGGAAUUAUAGAGUGCAGUCUGCGAACCCUGUUGUGAAACAAGAGCAUGGUCACACUACUCAGGCUUCACAAUCUCUUGGUCCUUAUGAUACGUCUUCAGUGACUCGGGGACAGGAUAUAACUCAAGAGGCUUCAGUUCAGAUGCAUGAUGCGCUGCCAGUAAUAAAUGCAAAAUCUUAUGUCCAACAAAACCACAAUUUGAUUGAGAAUGGUGCUAUUGUAUUGUCACGUGAUGAUAAGAAUGCAGUUGAAAAAGCUGUUAGUUCGUUCAUUGAUCUAAAUUUUUCUGCCAAUAUCACGCCAGGACAGUUCUUUGACCAAAAUGGCCGGAGUUCAAGCUCCUUACCUCUUUCAAACAUAAAUUCUGUAGGACAAAAUCAAGUGGCAACACCCACUGCCCCUUCAAGAGGAGGAACUAUAAAAUAUCAGCAAAAUGUGGCAUUUUCUCCGGAGGGAAAAUCCCUCAUCAAACUAGACAUUGUGGAUGCUAAUACAUCACAAUUAAAUCCUGGAAUUCCUCAUGGUCAGAACGUGGUAAGUGGUGAUCAGCUCACCCAUUUUACCAAACUUAGUACCUCUCUGGCUCAGUUACUUGGAGAUGGACAACAGAUUCCACAACUUUAUGCUACUCUAACCUCCCGUAAUUCAUUGGAUAUUCCUUCCUUUGCCAAGUCUGAAGUGCCUAUUCAGCCAGUUUUGGCAUCAUUCAUUCAGCCAGAUCCAGCCAUUGGAUCCCAGCAGUAUGAUCCUAUAUGUGAUAGCAUAGAGCCUAAGAAGCCUGACAGUAGUAAGAACCAUUUAGGCUUUCCACCAACUCCAACUGGGCAGAAAAGUUCUCUAGAUGGAAAACCAGAAAUGCCAUUUAAAACCAUGUCCCCAUCAUCUUUUCCUGGUGGACAAAAUGGCAGUGAUUUUCAUAGGACUGGCAGUUCAGAAGAACCGAAUCACAAGAGACACCAGACAAGUCAGCUGGAGACAGGAGCAAUCAGUGAGGUUAUUAUGGAAAAUAAUGGAGUAGGGGCUGAGGAAAGCAAGAAAGGACGAGAGGGGAGCCAAAAUGCCCAAGAGGAUGGUCCUUUGGAGAAUGCUGAUGGAGAUGUUGGAGUGGAUGAGGGCAAGAAAGGCAAAGAUGUGAAAGGUAUUCGUGCAUUUAAAUUUGCACUUGUGGAGUUUGUUAAGGAACUACUAAAACCCACGUGGAAGGAAGGCCAAAUCAGCAAAGAUGCUUACAAGACUAUAGUGAAGAAGGUAGUGGACAAAGUGACCAGUACCAUGCAGGGUGCUAAUAUUCCUCAGACGGAAGAGAAAAUCGACCAUUAUUUGUCUUCUUCAAAACCAAAGCUUACCAAAUUAGUGCAGGCAUAUGUGGAAAAAUCUCAGAAGAGCUAAAUGAAACAUAGAACUUCAGUGUUUCUUUCCUCCAAUAUACAGUAGGUGGUUAAGAUAUUCCUUGUGUAUUUAUGCUUCUGCAGCCUCUGGAAAUAUUGAUCUUUGUUUCCUUUAUGUUGAUGUGAUUUAGUUGCUAACAUGGUUAGCUAACCUUUCAACUCAUGCAUGUACAUAUAGCGGUGAUUUUUGUUUGUAAACUUCUGUUUGUCUGUUUCACUAUAUGUGAUUUUGGGAAUUUUAUUGCUGAUAAUCAUCAAGUCUUCAAUAUGUCGUUUGCUUUGUGAA